GCGGGGUGGCAGUGCGUGCUUGCGUGACGUUUCCGACAACACUGCCGUGGAGCUCUCCAUUUUGGUUUCACUUUGUUUGGUCCCUCGAUAUUUUCAAGAAGUACCACUCUGUUGCUCCGAUCGGAAUGAUCGUAAAUCUGCCUAGCUGAUUAUUACGGUAUGAUUGACAGACAUGAUGUCCGCGCGACAGUCUCCAAAUUAGGCCAAUGAAGAUGCGUGGGUGAGAUGUAAACCUCUCAAUUUGAGCCGUCGUGGAGUCCUGACAAAGAAACUGCUGUUUUGAACCACAAACAUGAGGUUUGAUGGCGAGGCCGAGCCACAGCGAGCAUGUCCUGCAGCAGUUCAACAACCAGCGGGAGUGGGGCUUCCUGUGUGACUGCUGCAUUGCCAUCGGCGACAUCUACUUCCGGGCCCACAAGGCCAUGCUGGCUGCCUGCAGCUCCUACUUCCGCAUGAUGUUCAUCCGAGACCAACAGGGGACGGCGCGCAUGGACCUCAGCAACAUGCAGAUUAGCGCGGAGUGCUUCGACCUAAUCCUGCAGCUCAUGUACUUGGGCCACAUCGUGGUGGGCAGCUACGAGUUCGAGGAGCUCAAGGCCUCAAUGGCCUUCCUGCAGAUGUACUACAUCCCUGACUCCCUGGAGGACCUCAGGGACAUCAGAAGCGCCUCAAACCUCACACUGUCCUCCUCUACCUCUUCCUCGUCGAGCUCCUCUUCCUCCGCUGGCCCGGCAAUUAUCAGCAAAAUGAUGUUUGGAGUCCGCAUGUAUGAGCAGCAGAAUCCAGGUGCCCCAGAGAGCAAGCCCAAAGUUGCAAUUACUGCUGUGCAACCAAGCAUUCCUGUCCCAGUCAACAGGCCUCCACUCGUGGUGGAGGAAGUGGCACCCCCUUUGGUAGUAGUAGCAUCACCGUUUCUAGACAGUGUAGCUGAGCAACCUUGUGACCUGCGCAAGAGGCCCAGCGCCCGGAUCGCCACCUUAAAAGAGCGCCCCCGCUUCGGACGCACAUACACCUGCGAAGACUGCGGCUUUGUUUUCAGCUGCGAGAAGCUGCUGAUUGAGCAUAUCCUCACCUGCACCAACCGUAAGGCCUUCAAGGUCCCCAGGACCAGCGCAGUGGCAGACAAUGAUUCCAGCAAGGCGGAGAGCUCGGCCUCUGAGGAGAUGGAGGAGCACAGGGUGGUCUGCAAGGCUAGAGGAGAUUGGCCGGACCACAAGUCUGACUCCGACACGGCAAUCAGGUCUGUGGCAACUGGUACGGAAAACGAGCCUGGGUCUGCCAGAAAUAUCACCAUCAAGGUGGAGCCGGAAGAAAACGUGGUGUCCGAGAUGAUGGAUGGCAUUAAGGUGGUCCAGGUGGAAGAUAUCAGUGCGAGGCACAGUGCACUCAAUGACACUAUGAGGGACCCGAUUAAAUUUGACCAGGAGCCCAAGGCUGGUGUUUCCGUCAUGAACGACAGCAACAAGCCAUUUGAAGGGCACAUGUCCAGCAGUGAGGAUUCUGGCAUCCCUGCUAAGAUGCACAAGAUUAAAGAGGAGAAGAAGGACGGGACAAGUUUGCCAUGUGAGCUGUGUGGAGAACUUCUCACGGAGGAGUACCAGUCAGCCCACUACGUCUCCAGCCACAUGGGCCACAUCUGUGCCUGUGGGAGGUGUGGCCAGGUCCUAAUCAAGGGGUGGCAACUGCAGGAGCAUGCUGAGCGCUGUGGCGAACCUCAGAGUGCGGACACUGACUCUCAUGGGGAGGAACGCGACACGCCCCUGCCAGAGGACCUGCAGGCCAUGGACGAUGGGCUGCUGGAGGGGGGCGACCUGGCCUGCCCCCACUGUGGCCUGCUUUUCCAGAGUGAAAGCCUGGCCUUGGAACACGCUCUGACCUGCCACGAGCAGGAGCUGUUCCGCCCUGUCCUGCUGGAGGAUGACGGUGUCGAGCCUGACCACCGGCGCAAGCAUUUCUGUGCCAUCUGUGGUAAGGGCUUCUACCAGCGCUGCCACCUGCGGGAGCACUACACCGUCCACACCAAGGAGAAGCAGUUCAGCUGUCUGACGUGCGGCAAGCAAUUUCUGCGUGAGCGGCAGCUCCGGCUGCACACCGACAUGCACAAGGGCAUGGCGCGCUACGUCUGCCCCGUGUGCGACCAGGGCACCUUCCUCAAACACGACCAUGUGCGCCACAUGACCUCGCACCUGUCGGCCGGGGAGACUAUCUGCCAGGUGUGCUUCCAGAUCUUCCCCAGCGGAGAGCACCUGGAGAAGCACAUGGACGUGCACCUGUACAUCUGUAGCGUCUGCGGGGAGAAGUUUCGCCUUCGCAAGGACAUGCGGAGCCACUACAACUCCAAACACACCAAAAGACUGUGUCCUGCCUGAAUGAAUGUCUGUCUGUUACUUCAAAGUCAUAAACGUGAGAACAAAUGUAUGCACUUAAACACCAAAAAAUAGAACCUACUAAAUCUGCACUUUCAAAAUGUAUGCAUAAUCGAAGUGUCUUAUUGCCUAAAAGUUUAGGCAUAUAUUUUUGAGUUUGACGUCUAUUUGUUUUCCACCCCUGUACUAAACACACAAUGUAAUUUCAUGACAUUUCCACAUACAGUAGACAAAUCCUUAGCACAUUUGCCACACACAGUAGAGUGGCGCAGCGGUCUAAGGCACUGCAUCUCAGUGCUAGAGGCGUCACUACAGACUCCCUGAUUCGAGUACACGCUGUAUCACAACCCGCAGGGAUUGAGACUCAGAUAGGGUGGCGCACAAUUGGCACAGUGUCGUCCGGGUUUGGCUGGUGUUCUAAACUGACUUGCCUAGUUAAAUUAAAAAUGUAAACAUUUAUCGGCAAAUUUGUUCAUGUUUUAAUGCUUUUUGAAUCUAGUGUCUAGCAAACAGCCUAUGCAAUACACAGUUAAUGGAAUGAAGUGGAUUCAAAGCUUUUUUUAUUAUUAUUGUAAUAUGAAUCCACACUUCAAUAUAGUUUUGUUGAGCAUUUACUGUACCAGCACUUAUACAUUUAAAAUAAUGUCAAUACACAAAAACACUAGAAACCAGAACAAAUAGAAACGCAUACUGAAUAUUGGCAAUGGUUAUAACUUAAUUCCCUAUGAAAUUGUUCAUGCCACAAAGGCAAGAGCAUGCACUCGCUCUUUUGCAAUGAUUUAAUCUGUUGUUCAGAUUUCAUGGCAAUGUAGGGGUAUUGUAAAUUACCUAUACAAUUAGCAACAGAACUUCUGUACCCAAAUGUGUGUUACAUUUAAAGCUUCCCUUUACAUUUGCCUUUGUAUUAAAUUGGCUGCAUUUACACAGGCAGACCAUUUCACUAACUGGUCUUUUGACCAAUCAGAUCAGCCCUUUUGUUUGAUUGCAUUGCACAGACAAUAUUAAGGUUUGUCCUACAUUGGUGGUGUAUUGCGGGGAACUACUUGAGCAAUAUGUCUCCUGCAUGUUAGAUAGUAUCGCACACAUGUUGCUACUGUGAAAUGCCAAUCAUGUUGUUUGUUUCACUGCAGAGAGAACAUAAUCUCUGAAAACAUCUUGACACGACAUGCAUUAGUGUGGGAGCUAUUGAAGCCUCUUAAAACAUCACAAUGUAGCUUACAAAAUAAUCAUGUAUGGAUGUUGUCUAUUAGUUACCUUAACAGGGUGACAUCCCUUCAGGGACUAAAAUAAUCAUUAUUAAUGAGCAAGCAAGCAAAUGUUUGUAUAAUCCACAACUCAGGACCCCAUUCAAUCAAAAUCAGGGUAAAGGACAUUUCCUUCACACAGUAACAGCUUUUCAAGAACCAUGCAUCUUCUGUAACUGUACCUUAUGAGCUAACAUGGUUCUGAGGAAUAAUUUGUUCCCCCUUAUAUUACAUAGCCUAACUAUUGGACGGAAAUGAGUUUGAGAACCCAAACUGCUGUUAUACAAAAGUAUAGGUCAUUUUGUAUUUUUACUUCUGGAAUUUGUUAUUGGAUUUUAGAACCUUUAAAAUAAUACAUACAUACAAUCUGAUAACUCACCCCAAGUGAUGCUGAUUUCCCUUGGUAAAAGGUAGGCCUAGUACACUCAAAAGUAAAUUUUCUAGCUGUUUGUUAGUUUUCACAGUAGUGUUAAAUGGCUCUUAGUAUGUAUCCUGUUUCAAAAGAUCAAGAGUGAUGAGUCAUCUUUUAAGGAUCUGAAUUUAGUGUAUCACUGUCACUGUUUUUUGGUGGUCAUUUAAUUGUUUUGUUUUUAUUUGACCUUUUAAGGGUUGUGUUGUGUUGGUAACAAGGUCACGCUCAGAAAUGUCAGUUUUGUUGGUUGACUGAUGUUUGGGUAUCUGAGAGGUCAAAACAUUAUCGCACCGGUUUGUAAAGCUGUUUAAAAAAUAUAUUAUUUACCCACGAUUGAUGUUUUCAUUUGGAUAUUGAUGCUUUUUCUCAAGGUCUGAAUAAACCAAGAGGAUACUCUCCAUGUGAAAAAAACAUUUUUGUUUCUAUCAAACUCCAGUGGGAGUAUGUUAAUAAGUCUUUCA